GACAUUAGUUACGCUAGUGCAACCGGAUCGGUCGACGUCGAAGGACGUGCGUUAAGGAAAAAUGUUGUAAAAAAAAACUAUAAUUGUUGUGUUCGCGGCUGUGAUAUUUGUUUUAAAAAGGAAUUACUUUUUUUUAAUUUCAAGUGAAUAAGAAGGCAAAGAUGUACAGACUGGUCCUAUUCCUGGUGGCAUCUGCUUGGUGCCAGCAGAACCCUGGCGGUGGAGACCUAGAAUCAGUGCUGCAGUCCAUAUUCGGGAAUCCCACUUCCACGUCGGCUAGCCCUAUCACCAACCCGGCUGUGCCGUCCGGCCUACUCGGUGAUAAGAAGGGCGAGUCCUCCACACUUGUGCCGGGAAUACAAACCAGCGAUGAUCAGGACACGACGUGCACGACAGAGAAGGGGGAUGCUGGCGAGUGCGUCCGGUACUACCUGUGUAACGUUCAGAACAAUACCGUCAUCACUGAUGGUGUAGGAAUCAUCGACAUACGGGUCCGCGACGGUCCGUGCCCGUCCUACUUGGACGCCUGCUGUCUUGUCGAUGACAAGAGACCAGCAGAAGAUCCUAUCACACCCAAACCACCUAAACAAGAAGAGAUACGCGCAGGUUGUGGUUGGAGGAACCCCAACGGAGUCGGGUUCCGUACCACGGGAGACACGGAGGGGGAGUCCAAGUUCGGGGAGUUCCCGUGGAUGGUCGCCAUUUUGAAGAUCGAACCGGUGAAUGACCAGGAGCCGGACGGUCAGAAACUGAAUGUGUACGUUGGUGGAGGCUCCCUCAUCCAUCCAUCAGUGGUGCUCACGGCUGGGCACUACGUCGCCACAGAUAAGAGGUUGCGCGUGCGCGCCGGAGAGUGGGACACGCAGACUACGAAAGAGAUAUAUCCGUAUCAGGACAGAGACGUGCAGAAGGUGGAGAUACACAAGGACUUCAACAAGGGCAAUUUAUUCUACGACAUAGCGGUGUUAUUCCUGUCGAAGCCUAUGGAUUUGGCGCCGAAUGUGGGUGUGGCGUGCCUGCCGCCGGCCAGGGAGCGGGCGCGCGCCGGCGCACGCUGCCUCGCCUCCGGCUGGGGCAAGGACAAAUUCGGCAAAGAUGGACGAUACCAAGUCAUACUUAAAAAGAUUGAAUUGCCAGUUGUGGACCGCAACACCUGCCAAGAUCGUCUGCGUAAGACUCGUCUGGGCCGUCAUUUUGAACUACACACGUCUUUCAUGUGCGCGGGAGGCGGUCCCGGCAAGGACACGUGCAAGGGAGACGGAGGAUCGCCAUUAGUGUGCCCUAUCGAGUUCGAGACGGAACGCUACUCUCAAGCCGGUAUUGUGGCUUGGGGCAUCGGCUGCGGCGAAGACGGGACCCCGGGCGUCUACGUCGACGUAGGCAACCUCAGAAACUGGAUCGACGACAAAGUGGCCGGCCAGGGCUACGAUCCUAAAGUGUACACUUAUUGAGAUUAAAAAUGAGAUUAAUAAACUUUUUUUUUGUAUCAG